AUGGGGGAGAAGGACCAGCCCAAAACAAUUAAUGAACACACUAAAAAUGAGCCUCAGCAGAAUGAGGAGCUGAUUUUGAAAUCUUUACCGCCAGCACCAUCACCGAACUUAGAGAAGGCAGGGGCUAAACAAGAGAAUAUAGCUGCAGCAAAGGGAGUAGAUGAUGCUAAUAAGAGACCCAGAGCAAUCCCAAGAACCCAAAAUAGGCCUCCCGUCAGUAAUCCAGAAGUAGUAAAGAUCCAGGUGUGGUGGCGGGGCACCCUGGUGUGCAGCACACUGCUGCACGUGGCUCUCAGAGUGUGGAUCAUUCAGGGCUGGUGGAGGCAUAAGCUGGUGAAGCUGCAUGAGAACAGGCGGCAGACAGCUCUGGAGAACUUUACACGGGAGUGGGUGGCAGUCAGGCUGCAGUCCUGGGUCCGCAUGUGGCGCAUCCAUUGGCUCUACUGCCGUUUGCUCAACGUUGCCCGCAUCAUCCAGGCCUACUGCAGAUGCCACUCCUGCGCUUUCCAGGGUUUCAUCAAGGGCCACUACAGAGUCACGGCCAACCAGCUGCAUCUCGAACUCGAGAUCUUGUUGGGCUCAGGGCCUUGCAUUGUGACGGAGUGUAUUCCCCUUCCAAUAAAGCAGUGA